UGUCAUGGAUUGGUAAUGGAAUGGUGAUUUUUAUCAUGUACAAGCGAAGACGCUCCCUGGAACCCCAAGACUACCUCACCUUUAACCUUGCAAUCUCAGAUGCAAGCAUAUCAAUGUUUGGAUACUCUAGAGGAAUCCUGGAAAUUUUUAAUAUAUUCAGAGAUGAUGGCUUUCUCAUUUUAAUUGUAUGGACAUGUAAGGUGGAUGGAUUCCUAAUUCUUUUAUUUGGCUUAAUCAGUAUUAAUACUUUGACAGCCAUCAGCUUCAUCCGAUAUAUUAAAGGAUGCCAGCCUCACCAAGCUCACAGAGUUAACAGACAGAGCAUUUCAAUGGUCCUGACUGGAGUAUGGAUAUUUGCACUGUUCUGGGCUGGUGCUCCACUCUUCGGAUGGGGAAGUUACAUAGAUCGCAAGUAUGGAACUUGUGAAAUUGAUUGGCUCAUGGCUUCAUUUUCCACAGUUUACAAGUUAUAUGUCAUUGGAAUAUUCAUAUUUGAGUUCUUUCUGCCUGUGUCUAUAAUGAUUUUCUCAUAUGUGUCAAUAAUAAAAACUGUCAGACUGAGUCACAAAUCUUCUCACGGUGGAGAUAUCAGUGAACGACAAAGAAGGAUUGAAAGGAAUACCACACAAAUUUCAGUAGUGGUGUGCACUGCAUUUCUGGUAGCGUGGUCACCUUAUGCUGUGAUAUCCAUGUGGUCUGCAUGUGGCUUCCAUGUCCCAGGACUCACCAGAGUUUUAGCCAGCAUGUUCGCUAAAUCUGCCAGUUUUUAUAACCCACUCAUUUAUAUAGGCAUGAAUUCCAUGUUCCAAAUGGAGUUUAAACAGCUUCUUCAAUGUUGUUACAAGAACAACGGCCCAACCAAACAAGCACUGAAUAUAUGUGAGAAACAUGGGGAAUUCUCUAUAGAGAAAUCAGAGAAAUAUUUAGUAUCUAGAGCACCAAGCCCAGAAAAUCCGGAUUCAGGAGUGGACCCAGGACCUCAUGAUGAUGGCUCUGCUGAUAUGAACAAUAUGGUGUAUACUGUUCCAUUUGACUCUGGCUCAAAUUUUGACCCAAAUAGAGCUUACAGACAAAAAAGUGAAUCUGAAUACUUGUAACAGAAUAUAUGCAAAUCUAAAUUUCAGAAGAUGGCUUUAAAAACUCUGAAUGUUUUUAUGAUACUUUUAGUAUAGUUUGGAUAUCAUUUGUUAGUGACUACUGAUGUGUUAUUUUUUUUGCUAGCCUUUUACAUGUGUGUCUAUGUAUAAAGGCAGUUUAUCCGCGAUGAGAAUUCUGGCCAAAUAAGAAUGAUACAGUUAUUCCACGACAAGUAGCUGCAGGAAACUGAAGUAUAAACAAUGCUCAACACUUAUAGAAUAUGAAAUCCCUUUAAUAAAACCAGCAUAAAACAAAGGAGUUUAGCGCUUUCAUUCCCGUAGGAACUUCUUCAGAACUCCAUAUUACAUAAAACACAAGCAUUACAUACAUUUACAAAUAUAUCAAUUAACCAAUAAUCACCUGCUAAGAAUUAAAAUAUUUUAAUUUCAAAAUUGAACUAAUGGAGAUGGCCUAAUUGAGACCAGGGUGUUGAGUAGCAUUUAAUUUAAGCUGCCAUUUUAACUCAUCAUCUUCCAAGUGCUCAUCCACUACCCAUCCCUGAACAUCUUUCACAACCUUAUUGAUUUUAUUUGGUUUGUGGUGAUUUUACUACCUAGAAUGUUACAGUGUUUUUUAUUGUUUAGAUAAGUUGCAGAGACUGCACUAUUUCAAUUAUUUGGUUAUAUUAAAUUCAUUAGCAUGUAGUUUUAUUUAGGUGGUAUUUGAUGUCAAGCAUAGUUUAUUGAUGC